AUGUCGUCUGUCAGCCCGGAUAUCGACCCCGCCUGGCCCCCAGGAACAGUCCGGCUCGAGGAUCUUUCCGAGUCGCAAGUGAUCCUCGAACCGAAACCUAGCAGAGAUCCGAAUGACCCUCUGAACUGGCCACAAUGGAGGAAACACUUGAACUUUGGCCUUGUGUCAUACUAUGUGGUAAUGGUCAUGGCAUUGAUCAAUGUCACGACGGUUACAUGGGGUCCCCUGAACUCCGAACUCGGCUUUAGCUUUGCACUGCUGAACGACAGCUACGCGGCCGGUUGCGGAGCACUCGCAAUCGGGGGGGUGAUGCUGAUUCCGUUCGCUUUGAAGUUCGGCCGACGCCCGGUCUACGUCCUGAGCACCGCGUUCCAGUGCGGGAUCAGCAUCUGGCAGGCACGUAUGCAGAACGUCGCGGAUCUGAUGCUGGUCAAUAUACUGAGCUGCAUAGUGGGAGCGCUCUCUGAGGUGAUGGUUCAAAUGACGGUCGCUGAUGUCUACUUUGUGCACGAGCGAGGGCUGAUGAAUACGGUCUAUUACUGGUUUAUGACUGUUGGUGUCUCCCUGGCGCCGCUGGCCGGGGGUUACAUUACGAGUGCCCAGGGCUGGCGCUGGGUGUGGUGGUGGAUGGCCAUUUUGUUGGGAGGAGGACUCUUGGCCUUUGUCUUUUUUUACGAGGAGACCAUGUUCAAUGGCCCGGUCAUUGAUGGUGUCCCGGUCACUACCGAGGCAGCUACGCGACAACACUCUUCGAAGGAAAGGCGCGGGGACCCCGUUCCGGAAGUUAUCGAUGCGGCGAAAAGGGACACACUCCCCUAUGAAGCUGUCGAGAUUGACGGCUCUAUCCCGACGAAAAGCUACCGCCAAAAGCUGGCACUAUGGACUACCUCUUCACUCCCUUUCAGUCGCGUCGUGAAACACACCUAUCAGCCAAUCCUAAUCAUGUUCAGCAUCCCCGCAGUCUUCUACAUGGCGCUUGAAUACGGUGUCAUGACCGCCUGUACCACAGUCCCAGUGACGACCCUUUCGUCCGUCAUGACGCUGCCGCCGUACAACUUCGGCUCCUCCCAGAUCGGACUCAUGGGGCUCGCACCGUUCACUGGCGGCUGCCUCUCGGCCAUCCUCGCCGGCCCACUCAGCGAUAGGGCCGUCCUGUAUCUGGCUAAGCGGAACCGCGGCAUCUUUGAGCCAGAGAUGCGCCUGUGGCUCUGCCUCGCGUUCGUCCCGUGUGUCCCCGCCGGACUCUUCAUGUUCGGCAUCGGCCUCGACGCGGGCUCCCACUGGCUUCUCCCCGCGUUUGCCCUGGGAUUGACGUCCUUUGGGGUUGUCCCAGCGAGUAGUGCCGCACUCACUUAUUUGACAGAUGCAUAUACAGAUAUAAUAGCAGAUUCGAUCGUCGCCGUGACAUUUACUCGAAACGUCAUUUCCACAAUUCUUGUCUUCGCGCUCCAGCCAUGGGUCGACCGCGUCGGCCUGAAGUGGUUUUACGUCACGUUCGGGCUCAUCACGCUCGUUGUGAUGAUGGGCAACCUGCUGUUUGUUUAUUUUGGGAAGAGCUUCCGGGUCAGGUCGGCGGGGAGAUACGGCCGUUUUGCUCGGCAGUUGGGUAUCUGA